UAACCUCUUCAAUGAUGUUAAAAAUCACCUUAUAAUCAUUAAUUGUUAAUGAAAUGAUGAUUUAUUCAUAUUUAAUCAUUAAUUUACAUUUUUUAUUUCAAUUUAUAACCUAUAAACUUCAUUUUUUAACUGAUGAGUCUUUAUUAGCAUAUGUCUAUGACUAAAAAAAUUUCUAUAUCUUAUUUAAAUAAUGGAAGUCAAAGCUGCCGAAGAUGAUAUAUCAUUUCAUUUGGGAGAAAUGUUCAAUAGCUAUGAAGAGCUAGAAAACAAACUGGAAAAAUUUUCUAAACGUAGUUUAGUACAUUAUUGGAGAAGAGAUAGUAGAACAGUUAGUGGGGCUCACAUGAAAACUGCGAGACCUAUUAGUGAACGAUUGAAGUAUUAUUCUGUAAAAUAUGCAUGUAUUUAUGGGGGUCAGAAAUUUCUUCCAAGAGGAGCAGGCAGAAGACAGUCUCAGUCUAUCAGAACAAAUUGCCCAGCACAUAUUAUGUUAAGAGCGUCCAAAGAUGGAACUAAAUUAGAAGUUACCAGUGUAAAUAAUGAACAUAAUCAUGAAAUAUCAGAGGAAUUAUUUAAAAAUCUUCCACAAGAAAGGAAGCUUUGUGGAGAAAUAAAACAAGAAGUUCAAGACUUGAUGCAGUUACAUAUAGAUCGUAAAAGGCUCAAAGAAUAUGUCAGGUUACGGACUAAUAAAAUUCUACGGUCAAAAGAUUUAUUUAAUAUUGCAGCUGCGAAUAAACACAAAAAAGAAAUAACUCCAGAGCGGGCGUAUCAAUUAUUUAAAAGAAUUCAUGAUUUAGAAAAGCUUCAAGCAAAAGAAAGCGGGCGAAAAGUAUUUUCAGAAUCAGAAGAAGAAAUGAAUCAUUCAAUUAAACGGAUGAAAAAAGAACCACCAGCAUCACCGUGGGGUCAAGAAUAUUAUUUUUCGCAGGAAUUAUCACCAGAACUAGAGGUUAGUGAAGGAAAUGAUGGCGAAGAUUCUUAUACUCAGUUAUCUCAAGAAGAAGUUGUUGAUGAUAUUGGAGAUACCGCUGAAGAGCAACUAUUAAGUGCUAAUAAUGGAGGAGAUAUUAUUACAGCAAAUGGUGAGAUCGUCGGCGAGUUAGUGAUGGAAAGUGGUGAUCCUUCUGUAAUAGUUGAGUCUAUUGUCAAUGCAGAUGGCUCGGUUUUUGUGGACGAACGUGAAUUCAAUAGUUAUUGCGAUGAUCAUUUAAAUCACUCUUCAGUAGAAGAUAAUCAUUCAACUGGACAUCAAGUUUUGGAUAUUGAAACAAUUUCGAAUUCCAUUGAAAUAGAUAAGCUUUCAAAAACUACUGCAGCUUCACCUACACCUGCGCAUUUGAUGGACACUAUAACUUCACCACUUGCGAAAUCUCCUGGAGUAGGAAACGAUUCUCAAGAUGAAAGAAUUUGGAUUGUCAAGGAAACCGCUGAAGAAGUUGAAUCGGAAAAUUGUGUUGAAAAUGAUCUUAGUACAACCAAAAUAAAAACUUCUCAUGUUGAAGGUCAUAAUGAUGUUGGAGAAGUAGUUUUUUCUGAAGAAGCGAGCCAUCAGUUGUUAAUAGAACAGUUGGCAGUUUUGAGGGCAGAAAAAGGAAAGCUUUACCAUGAAACUGAAAUGUUGAAGCUGAAAAAAGAUAAGCUUAAGCUUCAAAUAAACUGUUAUACAAAUGAAAUUAGGAAACAAGAAAUGGAAAAAGAAAAGUUGAGAUUAGAAAUAAAAUUAUUACAGUCUAAGGUUGUGGAUGAUUCCAACGAUGUCUCUCACUAUAUUUUUGUGCCUUGAAUGAGGCGAUAUAUAUUUUUAAUAAUUUAUUAUUAUUGUAUAUAAUAAUUAAAUGAAUAAGGGUUUAUUUGAUAAACUGGAAUUAAAUGAUUUUAAUCAGACAGAUAAUCUAUAAAGUUGGAAAUUAUUAAAUUUUUGUCUUCGUCAGCUAUAAUUAUAAUAAAUAAAAAUGUGAAACCGACUCUGUAUUUGUAAGCUGUUGAUACACAAUGACUUUGUAUUAAUACAUUAUAUGAUUAUGAAUGCAAAGAACUAACGAAAUUAUGAAAUUAGAAUACUAUUAAAAUAUGCUGGUAAAAUAAAUUAUUUUCAGAAUUAAAAGUUUUAAAAUAUGUUUUAACGCUAAAUUCAAAUAUCAGAAAUAAGACUUUGUUUAAUCUUUUAAAUUAUGCCUUUAAUUUAUAAAAAAACAUAAAAAUUAUUUUUUAAGGCACAUGUUACUUUUAUAUUCCUCUAAUAAUAAUAAUUUUUUUUUAUUUA